CAGAGGUGCAGAAACUAGAAGCAGAGCAUUUACAGCCCUGCGUGAAAAAGGCGGCUCUACUGAAAGCUAUCUCACUGUGAUGCUGAUACAGCCUCUCCUAGAGGCUCGCAUGAGUUUAAUAAAUUAUUGUGCAGACAGUGCUUCAACAGCAAGGGUAACCAAUAAAGAGUUCCUGAAGGAAUAAAGAGAGAAAAUAAGCUGCCGCGUCAACGGUGUUAGGUUAGAAAGUGAGCACGGCAACCUAGGACACAUCAUAAACGAAAACAAAGGUUAUAUUUAACGUUGUCCCAGAGCUACAUCGAUGGCAUCAGUUCUUGGAAACAGCACCCGCGCUUCGGGAACUCCUAACAGCCAACUCAAAUGCAAGUUCAAAAGAAGAAGGAGGAGGAGGUCGAAGAGAAAAGAGAGAGUCAGUAUGUUAUCUGCUUUCAUUGGUCCUUUCAAAUAUUUGAGCCCUGGAACUACAACAACAGAAGAUGAAGACACUUUAAGCACCAGUAGUGCUGAAGUGAAAGAGAACCGAAAUGUUGGUAACUUAGAGGACCGUGCCAUUGUUCCUGUGGAUCACCAGGGAUUCUAUUGUACUGAUAUGUCCCGAAGUGGGACUUCUGGUCUUAAAAGGAAAAGGCCUCUGGAGGAAGGAAAUAGUGGACACCUCUGCAAGCUACAGUUGAUCUACAAGAAACUCUCAUGGUCGGUCACACCAAAGAAUGCCCUGGUUCAGCUGAAUGAGCUGAAACCUGGUUUACAGUACAAGAUGGUUUCACAGACAGGGCCCGUGCACGCCCCUGUGUUCUCCAUUGCUGUGGAGGUAAAUGGGUUCACGUUCGAAGGCACUGGCCCAACAAAGAAGAAAGCGAAGAUGAGGGCAGCCGAGCUCGCGCUUAAGUCCUUCGUUCAGUUCCCCAACGCGUCACAGGCUCACUUUGCGAUGGGAAACCUCAGCAACCCCUCUACAGACUUCACCUCCGACCAGGCAGAUUUCCCUGACACUUUGUUCAAAGAAUUUGAGCCAUCAGCCCGCAGUGAUAACUUCCCGUGCUAUAGGUCCACAGAAAAUGAAUUGCUAUCCGGCACUUGCCGGCACGGGAGAUUACUCUGCCACACGUUGGACUUAAUGGUCCAAGCCAAACAAAACAAGCAGAAGACGGCGUCCCCGGCAGAGAGCGAAAAGAACCCAGUGGUGCUGCUAAAUGAGCUGCGACCAGGACUGAGGUACAUUUGCCUCUCGGAGACUGUGGAGAGGCAGCACAUCAAGAGUUUUGUAAUGGCAGUGAGGGUUGAUGGGAGAAUAUUUGAAGGCUCUGGACGCAGCAAGAAGCUGGCAAAAACCCAGGCAGCACAAACAGCACUGCAGGCCCUCUUUAACAUCAGGUUGGCACCCGGGGGGAGGACCAGCCAUAUACCCAGCAGGAGUAAAUGCCCUCAUUUACCGCAGGAGUUUGCAGAUUCAAUAUUCCAAUUGGUGACCAAGAAAUACAGCGAGCUGGCAGACAGCUGCACGUCCUUGCACGCACGCCACAAAGUCUUGGCAGGAAUCGUAAUGACCAGAGGUUUAGAUGUUCGACAAGCACAGGUGGUCGCAAUAUCUACUGGCACCAAAUGUAUCAAUGGUGAAUAUAUCAGUGACCGGGGACUUGUUGUCAAUGACUGCCAUGCAGAAAUCAUCGCAAGGAGAGCAUUUGUUAGAUUCCUUUACUCUCAGCUAGAGCUCCUUUCAAGCAAACGGCGAGAAGACUGGGAGCAAUCAAUCUUCAUCCGGCACAAGGAGGCAGGCUACAGACUGAGAGAAAACAUCCUGUUCCAUAUGUAUAUCAGUACUUCCCCUUGUGGAGAUGCCCGCCUCAACUCUCCCUAUGAAAUUACGGCUGACUUGAACAGCAGCAAGCACUUUGUGAGAAAGUUUCAUGGCCACCUCCGGGCUAAGAUUGAGUCUGGAGAGGGAACUCUUCCUGUCCGGUCCCGUGGGGCUUUUCAGACUUGGGAUGGAGUCAUGCAGGGGGAGCAACUAAUCACCAUGUCUUGUACGGACAAAAUCACAAGAUGGAAUGUUCUUGGCAUCCAAGGAUCACUCCUCUCUCAUCUUGUGGAGCCAGUUUAUCUGCAUAGCCUCAUUGUGGGCAGCCUACACCACACAGGUCAUCUCUCCAGGAUAGUUACUCACCGACUAGACCGCAUGGGCCACUUGCCAGCAUCUUACAAGUGCAACCAACCACUUCUCAGCGGGUUAACCAACAGCGAGAGCCACCAGCCAGGAAAGUCUCCCAGCUUCAGUGUGAACUGGACAGCAGGCGACACCGAGCUGGAGGUCAUCAAUGCGACCACAGGGAAGAGGAAGGACACAGGGACUUCAUCCCGACUCUGCAAGCAUGUGCUCUUUGCUCGCUGGGCCAAGCUCUACCGUAAGCUGAGCACGCAAGUGCCAAACCACGGGGAAAGGCCACUGAUGUACUGCGAGGCCAAGCUGGCGGCAAAAACGUACCAAACUGUCAAGCAGCAGUUGUUCAAAUCACUACAGGAGUCCGGACUGGGCACCUGGAUACGGAAACCACCUGAGCAGGAUCAGUUUCUACUGUCUGUGUAAAGUAAGAAGAGUCCAGCCACUCCCUAGGGAAAAAAAAAAGGCAGCUCCCCCAAGUGGUGUGCUAAACUCCGGCUCGCAGGCCACAUUGCCCUUCCUGCUGGGACUGGCAGUCCCCACACAAGCACAGAAAAUGAGGAAAGAAGAAGGGAUUUCGCCACAUGCACAGAACACUGAUGAUCCAUUGUCACUCCCUCCCACUUAGGCGUGCUGGGUCAGAGAGUUCCGACCCUUCUCCGAAGUGAAAGCUAGUCGUUAUCUUGUGUUUGUCGUGUCAUCAGCCAUUUUUGUGAGGUUUAUCUCUGCAGCUGUCCUCAAAUCCCGGGCAGUUAAAUUUAUACGCCAACUUGAGAUUUCUAACUGAGCUGCCCCAUGUGAGGGUGGUACAUGUUCCAUACAUUGUAAAGGUUUUUGUUUCUCACAGAUUGUUUUAAUAACUGAUUUGCUUCGACUUUGUGUGUUUUUGUUCAAUGAAAGAAAAAAUAAAUGUUUUUUAGUUGUGACUCAUAACCCCUCACCAGGUAUCACAGCAGCUGACUAUAAGGGUGAGUUUUUAAGGUACUCAUCUUUGAGAAUAUAGAAUUUUAACAUUUCUAAUGCUUUUCAUUCUUGAUACUUUUUGCCAUUGAUUUUGGGGUAUUUUUGAUAUGCAGUUUGUUAGCAACCAUGAAAGUUUAUUCCAUCCAAACAGAACAAAAAAGCUACAAUCUUAAGUUGAUGAUUAACAGUCAGGCUAAACUAUAGAUCUAAUCACACAAGCAGUCUCUUUCUGCUUGGAAGGCUUAGCAUUUCUUAAUAACACUGUAUGUUAGUGCUGUGUUUUACAUAAGACACACCUCAGACACAAUAUAAAUAAAGAAACACAGUGCUAGUGUUCUAGACACACAAAUACUGGAUCGAAAACAUAGAUGGCAAAGAGGUCUUGAAAACUAGAGAUAAAAAACACUUAAAGCAUUGGGAAACUGUGUUGGUAUCUGCAUCAUGCCCAGCUGGCCCAAACCUGAGAAAAUGAUUUGUUAUUGUUCUGUGGGUUACUGAAACCUGUCAUUAAACUCAUUUUACCACAUUAAACAUUGUGAAACAUCCCAUAACCAUGUUAUUAAUAUUAUCAAUAUGGAUUUCAGGAUGCAAAGCAAGACAGUUCUUGUAUAAAAUGUUCUUGUGUCACAUAUUUUAGACCUAUAGAACAAUGUGAUUCAGAAUGAAUUCUAUGUAAGAAAAAAAACAGAUUUAACAUUAUCCUUGUGCAUUAGUAGAGAGAAUAGUAGCUCUAAUCACACUAGGGGACAGAGAUUUCUAGUGCAUUCACUUACUCGAGUGUUUCACUGUGAAGUGAAAUAACUUCAGGCUUAAGUGUUUCCUCCACAGGGAAGUGCCUGCAGACCAGAACAGUGCUGCGUCACUCCAGACCUUAGAAUAUACUCAUUUCACCAGCAUCACCAUCUAAAAUAUAAUGCAUAUUGUUGUGAGUCAGAUUUACUGUCAUCCCUCACAGCACCUCUCCACUGCCUAGAAAUGAAUUUUAAAAAGCUUGUUAAAGCUAAACCUGUUUGUCUUGUUUAAAAUUUGCAUCCUUCUUGUCUCCUUCUGUCCUGUUUUUAAAGCUGCUUGAAGCCGAGUGGUUUUCCCUAUUUUACUAUACAGUUUUUUAGUAGCCUUUGGGAAUCAGAGGGCCUUACUCCGGGAAAAGCCUUUAAAAGCUUAAAUUUGAGCAUUUCAUUAAAUUGCUUUUAUUCUCAACUGCCCUGCUCAAGAUCAGAUUUAAUUAUUGGUGGGUGGGUGUUUUCCCAGAAGAAUCAAAAGGGUUAACUGUGAGUUUCAUUCUUUGUCCUAGGUGGUGCAUAGUAACUAUGGAAAUAUAUAGUGGCCUUUGUGUCCGUCUUCUCUUAAAAGACAUUGUGUCCUGUGAACUGCAGAAACACAUCACUGACCACUUUAAUUAAAAAGCAGUGACCCCUGGUGGUAAGAGAUGUACACUGUUUCCUUUGUCACCAUCUCCAAGGGUGGAGCACAAUUAAAGGAACAAAAAGCUAUUAUUUUUAGGAGAACAUGGCUUCUUUUGUGAAUAUGGAAUUUUGAAUUUGACUUAUUACGUGUAAACUAGGCUGAAGGGAAGAGAAGUUCACAUUUAAAAUAAUGUAAAGGCUAAUCAGACAAUACUGUAACCUUUUUGUGAAGCAGGGUACCUUAGACACAAUGUGCUGUCCUUUCUCAUGUAUGUGUAUAUAGUUUGGGUCUGAUCUGCUGGGUUUUCCCUUCAAAACUCAACUAUCCUGUUCACCACCACCUCCACGAUAAUAAUAAAUAUAACAGAAUAAUAAUCCAAGUGUUCUUUUAUAAAGAACAUGUUGUAUGUAUAUAGAUUAGGAGAGUUAAAUACAAGUUGUUUCUUGAAAAUGCUGUUCAUGUACAAUAGCUGUGAAUGAACAAUUUAAAGGAUUUGCGGGUAAUUAUUUUUUGUUAAUUUUAAUCACUAUACAUUUAGUUUGGUCUAGGAAAAUGUUCUUGGUUUUCCCUGUGACUCACAUUGUAUACAGAUCUUUUCCCCCUUUUGACUGUAGCAGUAAAAGUCCUUGAGAUGUGAGUUAGUUUCAUCUUCUGCAGCUGUGUAUCAUACAAAUUAAGUGCAAUACUCAUGUUUUUCACGUCAUGACUCAUGUCAUUUCAACAUUAUUUUAUCAGUUACAGACUUUGUAACUGGCUUGAGACACCUGGUUUUCUUACUUUUGCUUAGUACUUUAUACAAGUAAUUAUCUUCACCCUUAAAUGCUCAAAUGUGAGAAAACUUGCACAGGCAAGAUUACUAAUGUAAAGAACUGAAUACCAAGGCAUGAUUGAAUGGCAAUACUGUAUUAACGGAUGUAAAUUUGUAAUAUUUGUAAAAAAAAGCAAUGUGAAUUUAAAUAUAUGAAUAUGCUGCUAAGGUCUGUAAAUUGCACUUCAGUGAUACCUUAAGUGAAUGUUUCUGUUAAA